UAAAAAUAUUUUUUCCUUCUUGUGGCAGAAGUUUCGACAAAUUUCGUGUUAAGAAAAAAAAAAGCAAAAAAUCGAUUAAAUAAUUAUAUUUAAAGGAAAAUAUUGUAGACUUCUGUCUGCUUAAAAAAUAAUGAACAGACAUCAGGUUCUAAGUGGCGCCUGUAAUGCUGGGGAUAGAUGCUAUGCAGUUGGUUCAGUAGAAGGAAUUCCGUUUACAGCCUAUGCAGCUGGAUGCAAUAUUGUAAUAUUAGCGAGCUCUUUUGAGAGAGUUCAAAUAAUACCUGGAGCUAUUCAUGGUUAUGUAAAAAUAUCUGCGCUUGAUUGCAGCACCGAUACGGGAAAAAUUGCAGCCGCAUAUGAAAAUAAAAUUUACAUAUUCGAGCCAACUCCCAUUAUACAAGAUGGUUCAAAAACAAGUUCACAUAAUUUAGAUUACAAAUGGGUCCGAACUGGAAAAUUUUCAACAAAGUCAUUUGUCAUUGUUUUGUCUUGGAGUUUAGAAGGUACUAGAUUGUUAACUGGUGGCGAAGUAUUAGACUUAUGGAAAGAAAAAACUAGAAAUAAACCAAAGGAAGUGCAGGUGAAAUUUGAAAUUGGUGGUACGGAAGAUCCAAAAGAUCAACAGAAAGAUAGUGAAGAUGAUGAAGAAGACGAUACUUCAUGGGAAUGUGUAUGGAGUUGCAAAAGUGGGUCGCCCGUUCAGUAUAUGGCGUUUAGUUCUGAUGGUAGCUUAUUUGCUACUUGUGGUAAAAACGACAGGCUGGUUAAAAUAUGGUACGAAAAUAAAAACGUUAUAUUCCCGACUCAAAGUAUAGACACUUUAGAAUAUUCAAUGAGAACAAUGGAUGAAAGUGAAUUAAAUUAUCAUUAUGUAUAUAUAGCGCAUCCUCGAGCUGUAACACACCUGUCAUGGCGUCGAACUAGUAAAUAUAUGCCAAAAACAUCAGUAUGUAAUAUGUUAGUCACAUCUUGUUUAGACAAUAUAUGUAGAGUAUGGGUGGAAACAGUAUUACCAGAUGAUGGCCUUGUAAAUAUGAUGCAAUUUGAUCCACAGGCCUCUAAAAAUCCAAAAUUUCGAACACAUCGUCACAAACGUAGAUUUAUACAAAGAUUGAAACACAUGAAAGCCUGUUUUCAUAUAAGAAGAAAUGCUAGAACCGGGACAAUAUUAGAUAACUUAACAUCCCAUAAUCAAGCACGAAACUCACCCAUACCAUCUUUGCCAUCUUCAUAUAGUGUUCAUGAUUUUCAUUCAUACGGUUAUCACAGCACUGGUAUCAUAACUGGAAUGCAUUUCCAUUUAGCUGCGUCAAUAAAUGCUGAAACUGAUAUUCCUUUAGUACCAUCUAUGCAAACGCGAGACCCAGAAAAUCAAAUGAAAUUUAUCUUGCAUUGGUUAAAUAAUAAGGAAAUGUAUUUUUCGUCGCAAGCAGACAUUAUUUUAUAUGAUUUAACGCAUAAAUUGUUAGACAAAGAAGAUUAUGAACAGAAAAACGUUUACAAUGCAGAUAAUUCAAGUGAUCCGGAUGACAAACAAACACAAGCAAUUGAAAGCAAUAGUAAAUUAAGUAAAAUACAUUCUCAAGAGGAAAGCUGUAGCGACGAGCAACCAUCAAAUAAACAUACAGGGUCUGGUGUACAUAAUUCAAAUGUUAAUUCGAUGUCAGAUACAGCUUCUUAUAAUUCUUCUGCUCAUAAUGCAAUCCAAACAAAUCCUAUAGAUACGUUAGAUAUUAAAAUUGAGGCUUUAUUAAGGGAUUGGCAUCGUAAUCCUGAUUUACUUUUCUCUAUUCACCCCGUUGAUGGCAGCUUUUUAAUUUGGGUAUUGGAGUGGUUAGAUGAUUACUACCCCGGAUCUUUCCGACAAGCUCAAAUUUCAUUUUCUACAAGAAUACCAUCAGCUUUCCCUCUCGGUGAUGCAAUGUCCAUAUCUAAUAUUAUUAAUUUAUACAAUUUGGGCAAUAAUUCAGUUUUCUUGAAAAACAUGUUAUCCAAAGACAAUACUGUAAAAGAUUCAUCAGGAGAACAAUUACAAAAUACCGACAAAACUUUACAAGAAGAAGAUGAGAAUGUAGAACAAACGCAAAAUGUUGAAAAACUUUCAGUGGUUGAUGAUAAAACAGAAAAAGAUCAAAUCAACUUACUUAAUCAAUCACAUAUUUGCAUGGUCACAAAACAUGCAAAUGGUACACUUAAUUUAUGGCAAUUGAAUUUCGCUGACAAAACAAAAUACACACAACUGCUAAGUGUAAACCAUGUUUCCCGUACUUCUGGUCAUAGAUUUCGUGUUAAUGACAUCACAUGUCAUCCAGUUCUACCACUAUUAUUAACUACCUCACAUCAUAAUAUUCCUGAAACUGAAAAUGAAGAGGGUCAAAAUAGCAAGGAACAAUUAUUAUCUUCAGGAUUUUGCUCGGAACUAAUUCUUUGGAAAGUAGAUCCAGUUGGUCCCUUAUCAUACUCAGGAGGCGUGAGUGAAUUAGCAAGAAUAAGUUCGCCGGAAAUUUCUGCAUUUAGUAAUGUCGCAUGGAUUCCAACUUUAUUACCUAGUACAACGUUAGGCAGCUAUAGUAAUUCUCCUUCGGCAUGCUUUGUAGCGAGUGAUGGUAAAAGGUUAAGAGUUUAUCAAGCCGUAAUCGAUGCUCGAGCACUUUUGGCAGAAAUUUCAAAUUUAGAACGAAAGCUUAAACAUAUGGGUUCUGUAUCAUCAAUAUCAACUGCAAGUUCAGGUGCACAAAUUAAUUUAAAACAUGAAGUGUCACUUCAUGAAAAUAUAAAAAUUGUUUCACAGCAAUCAACUUCCCGUCCUGGUUGUAUUAUACAAUUAGAUCCAAUUGACGAUGCAUUUCACGAUUGGAAAAAUACACAAUUUUUACAUGUUUUUCAGGAUCAACUCAUACUUGGUGAACGAGAUAAUGCAAAUACAAUUGGCGAAGGUGUAAAGGAUAAGAGCUUUAUGGAAUCGCAUAUGGGAGCAGCAGUAGAUUUACAAAAAAAAUUUGAAUUUAAAGAGCCAUUUUAUAUUGUAAUUUUAGAAAAAACGAAAACUGGAAGUGUGAUUCACAUGUGGAAGAUUACCAUAGCAUCAAAAAGACAGAUUUCACUUCCUGAUACGAAUUUAUAUACAACAGAAGCUGAGGUUGCUGCUAAUUUAGAAAACACUCAAGAUGUUCUACCUGAAACAAUUCUUGUCGAAGAACAUGAAUCGCCCCAUAUUUCAAUUGUAACAAAAAAAGUUUGUACACAAGAAUUACCGCUACCUAAGGGAGUUGAUGUUAUUAACGCUUCACCUGCUGCAGGUCAUUUAAGCUCAGCUUCUAUAUAUCCAGCGUGUUUUGCUCCAUAUCUUUUUAUGACGGCCUCAACUGAUUCAGUUUUGAGAUUUUGGAAAUGUCGAUCUAGAUUAUUGUACGACAAACCAGUUGACGAAUCUGAUGAAGAUGAUUCUAAUGUAAUAUACGAGUGGGGUGAAUGGGAUAUGUUCAAAAAGGACAAACAUUCAUCAAUAGAAGUUAGUGGACAACUUUUACAUAUAAGUGCUGCGUAUUCUGGUAGAAUUGCAUGUGCCUAUAAGUAUGGAAAAUCCUUCACCAGACCAAAUAAAGCUGAUCCUGAAUCAAGAUUCAUUAAUUUAUGUGUUGUUAUUUAUGAAUGUGAAAGCACAGGAGGAUCGGAAUGGAUCCUUGAAGAUACAAUACAUUUACGUAACGUUAGCAUUCCUAAAGUGGAAAUCGACCAUAAUUUAGAUUUGAGUUACUUGAACAAUACCAAAGUAAUUGAAAAGCGCCAAAGAAUCAACCAUGCAAUUCACACAUUUACAAAUGAAGACAAUAGAACCACUUGGAAUAAUGAACUUUCACCAGACGCAAUUUCAAAACCGGGAAUUUUCGCGGUACCAAGUUACAGCACACUACAAAGUUUGAAAAAAAGUAUUAUUGAAAAAGGAAACACUUGUCCACUUGUACAAAAGCAUUUGGUUCAGUUGGACUGGGUUUCAAAAGAAGAUGGCUCUCACAUAUUAACAGUGGCUUUUGGUAGCAAAAUUUUGUUAUACACUCCAGUUUCAAGUGAUCUGGCGCAAGCAAAUAUCAAAGCAAUGAAAGAAAGCAGAAGUAAAAGUAGACCACUUCUUAGAAAAACAAGUUCUCUAGCUCAACCACAUUUUAAUGAUGAAAUACGUUGGAUGAAGUUACGACAAAUUGAUUUAGAAACAGCAGAUGGACUCCCACCUUUGCCAAUGCAUAUAUCAUGGGUAAGAGAUGGCAUAUUAGUUGUAGGUAUGGACUCAGAAAUGCAUGUGUAUUCGCAAUGGAAACCGAGACAUGAAAAGGUAGCACACAUAGAUGAAAGCUAUGAUUCGAGAAAUCUAAGAGAUGAAGAUUUGAGGCAGCUGGCAAAUGAAACAAGUCAGUUGAGAUUGUCAAAUGUUGCUUCAGUUUCCAAAAUAAGUUCAGCAAAUUUACAACUUCUAUCAUUUGAUAAGAAACGUAAAAUGACACAACAAAAUUUGAAUCAAAAUACUGGGAACGCUACUACUGAAAGCGUGGAUCAUGAUUACUUGACGGAUUCCGGUUUAUUCCUAGCUUCUAGAAUUGCGUGUCCAGUUUUACCUCAAUAUCAUCCUAAGCAAUUAAUGGAGCUUUUAAAUUCUGGCAAAAUAAGAUGGGUAAAAGCAAUAUUAGGACAUCUCGUGCGUUGUAUGAGUGGAAACUAUAAUCAAGGCAGUAGUGUUGGUAGCAAUGAUGAAGAUACCAUAGCAAACCCAAAUGCAUGGACAAGAUCUAGAACUUUAUCCAUAAGUUAUAUGGGACAAAAUAGUCCAAAUGAACAAGCUGAUAUGACGGUUAUAAAUGAAGAUCUGAUGCUGGAUUAUGCAGAAAUAGCUUCAAUUCCUCCAUUACCUUUAUGGGUUUUACUUACUGCUGAUAAAGAGCGUCCAACAAAUGCGAAUAAAGAAAAUGAUCCAAAAAAUUUAUAUGAAAACUUAUUUGAUUUAGAAUCGAAAGUCGAAGAUUCUUUGGACGAUGUCUUAGCUUCUGAUACCGAUAUGCAAUCACGAAACGAAAGAAGACAAUCAAUGCCGGAAAAAACGGAAGUAUCAUCGUUUGGGCCAAGGCAGGGCCGUUUGCUUUCUAGAUUAUUAACCCACAUGCAUUUGCCAGGUUUGUCAUCUUUGGAUCAGAUGCAUUUACUAGCUCUAGCUGAUACAGUGUCGACAUGUAAUACAGAUUUUAGCGAAAAAUUUGCGGAGGCAACCUUGGAAUCAUCAACGACAAAAGAUGAUGGGAAUCAAAAAGCUUUAUCAAUAGAUUCACUUGAUGAUUGUGGAUUAAGAUUUUUAUUAGCAAUGAAACAUUAUGACUAUCUAUUAAGAUGUUUACCGAUGAAUCAAAGGGGAAAGUUCCAAGUGCAAGGUGUGGGAACAUCAAAUAUUGUGUGGGCUUUUCAUUCUGAAAGUGAAGAGGAAUUAUUAAGUUUAAUACCAUCAUACAAUAAAGGACAAAUUAAGUGGGCAACUUUGAGAGAGCUUGGUGUUGGCUGGUGGUUAAGAAAUGUUACCGUCUUAAGAAAAUGCAUUGAGCAGCUUGCAAAAUCAGCUUAUCAAAGUAAACAAGAUCCUUUAGAUGCUGCAUUGUAUUAUUUGGCAAUGAAAAAGAAAUCAAUUGUGUGGGGCCUAUUCAGAUCUCAAAAAAAUGAAAAGAUGACUGAGUUCUUUGCAAAUAACUUUAGUGAAGAUCGUUGGAGAAGAGCAGCUUUAAAAAAUGCUUUUGUACUUCUGGGAAAACAGAGAUUUGAACAUGCUAUUGGAUUUUUCCUGUUAGCAAAUUCUUUAAAUGAUGCUAUAGAAGUAUGUUUAAAUAAACUAAAAGAUUUUCAACUUGCUUUAGUAAUUUGCAGGCUGUUUGAACCUGACAUUGAAUUCAGUCAAUCUAGUUAUAAAAAGCUACUUGAUCAAGAAAUACUAGGCUUAACCCCAGAGGAUGAUCAAAUAGACACAGCAAAUUUACAUCCUGAUCCAUUUUUACGUUCUAUAACAUUUUGGAUUAUGAAGAAUUUCACUGAAAGUUUAAAUACUUUACUUUUAAAUAAUGUUGGACAAAAUCAUCAUGCUUAUUCAGAUGAAGAUAUGUUUAAUAAAACAGACAACGCAAAUGCAGCUAAUCCAAAUGUUUUUAAUUUUUACAUUUAUUUGAGAACCCAUCCACUAUUAAUAAGGCACCAAUUAGCUACAUCCGCACAGGAAACGAAACAUUCUAAAGUUAUGCUGUCAGGCUUCAGUUACGCUGGUCAAAUGGGCGGAGCUAGUAAUAAUCAGUUGCAUGUUGAAGACUCAAUAACACAUUUAGAAAGACAAUUGUAUUUUACAACAGCGCAUGGUCACUUUAAAUCAGGAUGUCCUGUAUUAGCUCUUGAAGUUUUAAAUAAAUUGCCGGCUAAAGUAUUAGAUAGCAGUGCAAGUACUCGGAUAAAUUCAAUCGAUAUAGCCGAAUCUUUCGAUGGUAACUUUACUACUAGCACAAUUACACAGCCUGCAGCGGAUCAAGGUGCAUCUAUGGAUUUUGAUUGGGGUGCUCCUGUAACUAAAUAUGACGAUUCAGAAUUUAAAAUAACUUGGGAUGAUGAUGAAAAUGAAGAAAAGGAAGACGAUGAUUUAAAUAAAGAUGAAGAAAAGAAAACUAAUAUUGUACAAAAUAUUGAUAAAAAGGUUAUUGAAUCAAAUCAACCAAUAAAGCAAAUUGAUAUUAUGGCUCAGCAGUUAAAAUUUGUUGCAUGCUUAAAAAUAUUGAUGGAGGAAUUGUCAACCCUAGCUACGGGUUUUGAAGUAGAUGGAGGACAUUUACGUUUUCAAUUGUAUGUAUGGCUAGAACGUGAAGUUGAGGCUCUGAAACAAUUAUGUAGUUAUAGAAUUUUAGAAGAAGAUAUUUUGGAAGAACCCUCUGAAACAAUACAAGACGAUAAUUCAAUUCCUAGAAUGUCAGAAAAACCUGCCCUUCACGAAAUUUUAUUGCAAGAAAAGCAAAAUUUCGAAGCUAGAGUUCAAAGAGCAACGCGACGCAAAAAAUGGUUGAAAGCGAAUGAAACUCUUUUAAGAACCUUGUUGAGUUACUGUUCUUUGCAUGGUGCUUGUGGCGGUGGUUUAGCUUCAGUUCGAAUGGAAUUAAUUUUAUUACUCCAGGAAUUGCAACAAGAAAAGACUCAACAACAACUUUUAAGCCCUUUACCAUUCCCAACGACAUUACCACUCUUAAGUGCUUGUAUUGCAGGUAAUAAAACCGUAGUGUCCGAUCCUAUAAAAUAUUUACAGGUUAACACUCAAGAUAUGCUGCAAGCAGUCACAACUUUAAAUAUUAAUCGUAAAACAGAAAAAGAAAAUAUUCAAAUUUUUAUAUUAAGAGAUCUUGCGGUAGCGCUAAGUUCCUGCAUUUACCAAUCUUUGUGUGAUUCUGAGAAUUUUAUUAUUAACCAAUGUAGUAUUGGGAAUACUCCACAAAUUCCUGGCAUGGAAAAUAUUGCAAAACUAAAUUAUUCUUAUAACUGUUCUCAUUUAAUAAUGAACAAAAGAAAAAAUAAAUCUUUGGAAGAAAAGUUACCAAUUACAACUUUACCAACAAACUGGCCUGGUGUCACUAAUUUAAGAGCACUCUUAACCCGUGAAAAAGAUGAAGAUGCUCCAAGACUCAAUAUUUUACUACUUGAAGCAUUUUUAGCUACUUAUACAUCACUUUUAGUUUAUGGUUUAGAAACAUGUGAUUCACAUAUUUUGUUUCGUUUAGCAGGUCAAAUUUUUUCAAAAGAAACAUGGGGAAGAUUAUUUGGUGGGGGUGCUAAAAUCCCUUUAAAAAAGGCAACGACUGAAAGUUUUACAGCAUCUAUGGCUAAAGUAGAUUCAACAGAAAGUAAUGUAGAUGUAGAUACUGGAGUUUGGAAUACUGUUACUUCAUUUACAAAGCAGCGAGUUAAAUUGAAUAUGAAACUAUUGGGUCAGUUUAGCAGCCCUAACGCCGGUUCUAUGUCAAAAGAGGAAAGCAAAGAAGAUUAUCGUGAACAAUUUGUCGCCCCAGAACUUUCUAUGGUAUCCUAUUUUUUGACUAAACCCGUAGUAGAAGGCGCUGAUGAUGAUGAUUACGAUACAGAUAACUCAGUAAUUGACAGCGAAGAAGAAGAUGAUGAUGGUGACGUUUUUAUGGAUAAAAAAUCUAAAAAUAAAGACAAUGUAGAACACUUAAAUCCACAUUCAUACUCAUGGACAAUAAUACGAUGUGCCCUUGUUAAAUUAGUUCAACAAAAAAUUCAACAAUUUAUACAAAUAGCUGGUAUUGAAAGUCAUGAGUUACCUGUGACAAGCCCAUUUGCGCAUGAUGUUCUUAAAACCCUAAAACAAUGGGAAGAUGAUAUGGCUAACGAACUAGCAUUAAAUGGUCCUCCAAGUAGCGAUUUUAUACCAGGAUGUUUUGUUGAUUCGGAAGCGAAAGGGCCAACAAUACAUAAAUAUAGAAAUCUUUUAGAAAAACAUAAUACGCCAUUUAUUUCAUCAUCUUCGGCAGCUCCAGCGAAAAGGUUAUGGAAUUAUUUAGUACGACAAGAACAUGUUCAAGAUAUUUUUAUUAGAUCAGUAUUUGGUAAAAAACGUCACAAAACGUCUAUAACAGUUCCAAGUAUUAUAUCUCAGCAAUCUUUUGAUCAAAAUGAUUCAAUUCGUGGUGAUGAUGUUGAUGAUAGUAAUAUGGUUCAACCAAUAAAAAUUAUUCACAAAGAGCAAGAAUCGAUUUCAGCAUUUUGUGUUAAUAACACUUCAUGUGGCCUACUAGCAAUAGCAACCCCUAAGGAAAUUCAAGAACUGGAUAUAUCAUUAUUACUCAAUACACCUUCCUAUUACGAAGAUGAGUGCGAAUAUGAUCUAUUAAAUUUAUCGAAGGACGUAGACGCUGUAUCAUCCACAAGUUUUUUAAUUAUUCAAACGAAUGCGGAACGACAGAUACUGAACAACAUUCAAAAUGGUACACAGCCACAGUCUUCAAUUGCUCAACUGUCAACUGCCAGUCAAUCUGGACGUGGUACAUCUAUGGUGCUAAAACAUAAAAUUGAUAACGUUAAACGAAUGUCUGCUCAUCCUCAUUUGCCUUUUUAUUUAACUGGUGGUCAAGAUGGUUCGGUUCAACUUUGGGAAUGGGGUAGACAACAGGUAGUUUGUACACCAAGACCGCCUGGAACAUUUGCUAAAGUUACAAGGUGCAGAUUUUCACAACAUGGUAAUAAAUUUGGUAUUGCUGAUGGUGAUGGCAAUAUGAGUUUAUGGCAAGCUGGUAUCGCAUCGUAUACGAACCGAUCAUUCUUCAACUAUCAGUGCCAUAAUAAAUCAAUAACCGAUUUUGAUUUUUUGGGUUCCUGUAGCUUAUUAGCAACAGCUGGUCAUAGUUCAGAAAACAAAAAUAUUGCCAUAUGGGAUACUUUACUUCCGCAAAAGAAGGCUUUGGUGCAGGCAUUUGUUUGUCAUGAUCAAGGUGCAUCCAGUUUAAUAUAUGCUCCCCAGCACCAACUUUUAUUAUCAUCAGGUAAGAAAGGUGAUAUCUGUAUAUUCGACGUUAGACAAAGAGUAUUAAAACAUAAAUUCCAAGCGCAUGAUUCGCCAAUAAAGUGUAUGGCAGUAGAUCCUCAUGAAGAAAUUUUUGUUACGGGUUCUGCAGAAGGCGGUAUUAAAGUAUGGAAUUUGGCUCAUAAUAAUCUUAUGUACGAAUUUCCUGCUGAACAUGCUAAGGGUAGCUUCUUUAAACAUUUAGGUCAAGGAGUAAGCCAAAUUUUAUUAGAUUCCGAUGGCAGAUUAUUUUCGUGCGGUUGCGAUGGUUCAAUGAAAGUGAGGCAGUUACCCAGCCGUUGCAGUGUUGUAAAUGCUUAUGCGUAUUAGUUUUAAAUAAAA